GGGGGAACGCGCGGUCAAACCAAAGCAGCUAGCUGCUACUUAUAUAUUAAUUCAAUAUCAAUAACUCUGGCGUCCGUGGUUCUUGUCCCUCGAUAUAUCAAUAUUCCAAACAAAGAAAUUAGCUAGAUAGCUUAUAUUGUUGAGACUUGACUUGAUUGUCAGGAACCAUCGGGUGAGUGAAAAAUUGAUAUGUCAGUGUGGUUGACGACGAAGGAGACCGGGGCGGCCUUGCCCUUGCACUCAGAAAUAGAUCAUGAUGAAAUUCAUCGGACGAGGAGCACUACUGGCCAUGAAGGAAGUGAAUACCGUCAGCCGCAGCAACAGUACCACCGUGAUGAAGAUGAGUACCAGCUGCAAGGCCAGUUUCAGCACGAGUGCAAUAUCUCAAGGAAUAGUGUAUGGGAGAUAGAAGAGGAAGAAGAAGAAGAUGAUCAUGAGGGUUUGAAUUAUUCAAUUGGAGGAUCAAAUACUAGUAUCCCAAUUGAGAUCAAAGAGCUUUUCGGGGCGAAGCGCUACUUUCCCAUGCCUUCCAUCAAGGAAGAACAAUAUGAUCAUAUUAAUGGUCUGCCUCAUUCUUCUUCAUCGUCUGACAUUGUUGACUGCGUUUAUGUGGCCGUCGGAAAGAGCGAGUCAAGCAUGGACGCCUUAAACUACGCCGUCAAGCAGCUGCUGCUGUCAUCCAACACUAUCCUCUAUCUCAUUCACAUUUUCCCAGAGAUCAAGUACAUCCCAAGUCCAUUAGGAAAACUUCCAAAAAGUCAAGUGAGCCCAGAACAAGUGGAAAGUUUCAUGGCUCAAGAAUCAGACAAGAGAAGACAACUCCUUCAGAAGUAUAUUGAUAAAUGCUCGGCUGCAAAGGUUAAGAUGGAUACUCUGCUGAUUGAAAGUGAUAUGAUCGCCAAGGCUAUUGUGGACCUUAUCCCUAUUCUCAACAUAAGAAAACUGGUGCUUGGAACGAACAAAUCUAAUUUGAGGAAAUUGAUGUCCGGGAAAGGAGCAAGGGGAAUAGCUGAUCAAGUCCUUCAAAGUGCACCCCAAGGUUGUGAGAUUAAUAUCAUUUGUGAAGGAAAUCAAGUGAUGAUUAAUGACUCGCUUUCCCCACGUGGCAUUGCCAAUGAUCACAUUGCACCAAAUACACUUUCCCCUAGAGGAGGAGGCAAUGAUGAUAACCCUAACUCUAUCCUAGACCGCGAUCAGAGGAAUGAACCCUGUUCAUUCCUGUGUUUUAAACCGAUGUUCUCCCAAUAGUUAAUAUAAGAGCUCUGUACACAUAUGGUCAAUAGCGGGGAUAGCUCAGUUGGGAGAGCGUCAGACUGAAGAUCUGAAGGUCAGGUGUUCGAUCCACCUUCACCGCAAAGCAAAUUGUAAUUUUUGUUUCUCUUUUUGUGAUAUGAAAAUCCAGUUUAAAAACUA